UGAAUCAUCAGCAUUUCUUGGCAAGAAAACAACUUGUGAGAACUAGAAAAUGAAGUGUUUUUGCAUAUUCAAAGACAAGUUAAAGUCCAAGGAAUCAGCACCAGAGUUGAAGAAAAGCAGAACUAAACAACAAACUUCUGGGGCAAGAAGCAAAGGCAGUAAACCAAAAAGCAUAAGGGAAAUGUACAGAGAGAAAGGGCAACAUUUGAGGGUUUUCUCUCUCUCUGAGCUUAGAGAAGCUACAUGUAACUUUAACAGGCUGUUGAAGGUUGGAGAGGGAGGUUUUGGGAAAGUGUAUAAGGGUUCAAUCAAGCCCCCUGAUGGCCAGGGUGAUUCAAUUGUUGUUGCCAUUAAGAAGCUCAAUGUUAAUGGAUCACAGGGUCACAAACAAUGGGUUGCAGAAGUUCAGUUCCUCGGUGUCGUGGAACACCCUAACCUCGUUAAACUUUUAGGGUACUGUGGAAUAGAUGGGAGAAACGGGAUCCAACGCCUGCUGGUUUACGAGUACAUGCCCAAUAGGAGCUUAGAAGAUCAUCUUUUUAGCAACUCCAUGCCAACAAUUUCUUGGAGAACGCGGUUAAAUAUUAUCCUCGGUGCAGCUCAAGGUAUAGCUUAUUUGCACGAGGGGUUGGACGUGAAGGUGAUCUACCGAGAUUUCAAAACAUCAAAUGUGCUAUUGGACAAGGAUUUCAACGCGAAGCUUUCAGAUUUUGGGCUCGCAAGAGAAGGGCCAACAGGCGACAAAUCUCACGUGUCCACAGCUCCUAUCGGGACAAUGGGGUAUACUGCUCCCGAAUACAUUGAAACCGGGCAUUUGUCUGUGAAGACUGAUGUAUGGAGCUUUGGAGUUGUCCUGUACGAAAUCAUCACAGGUAGACGGGCUAUGGAAAGAAACCGCCCUUCUUCAGAGCAGAAGCUUUUGGAAUGGGUGAAGCAAUACCCCGCUGACAGCAGCAGGUUUAGCGUGAUAAUUGAUUCGCGCCUCAGAAACCAACACUCUCUCAAGGCUGCAAGACGGAUUGCGAAGCUGGCAGACAGUUGCUUGAACAAGGAUGCAAGAGACCGGCCUACAAUGAGUCACGUCGUGGAGAUUUUGAAGCAAGUGAUAGACGAUUCAGAACUUGAAACUUCAAAAGCCUCGGGUUGAUAGCUAGCCAUUUUAGAAUCCGUCACCGUACCACAGGAACCUGACAGAAAAAAAAAAAAACCCCGAAAAGAGGGUGAUAACUGCAAGAUAAAUGAGCCCUAUGGCUCGGGGCAAGUUGAUUAACAUAAAAUCUCUGAUACUCAACUGAUAACCAACACUUUUUUUCCGAACUUUCUUGUUCUGUUGUUUCUAUCUUUCAUUUUGUUUUUGGUCUUAGAUGCUCAAGUGCUGAAGGCAAAUGGGAAGCCUUAGCCUUCUGUCAUUCUGGAAUUGAAGCUUGUAACUAAUUAGGGCGACAUCGAGGUUCCUUCUCUUUUUUUUUCUUUUUUUUUUUUUCUGUAAUUUUUCUUUGUAAAAAAGAACUAAUGCAAGAAUCAAGUAAAUAUAGCUUCUGUAUUGUGUAGGCUAACUGUUGAACCACACCCUUUUGGUUUUGCAUUAGAGAUUAUACUGUAUACAUGAGACCUGUUAUUUAAAGUCAUGUUUAUAUGACUAGACAAUGAUGCCUUUGAAAGAA